AUGAGCGGAAUCCCUAACUCAGUCGGGGCCUCCCAAUUUACUGAAUCAGUUUUCUACCACCUCGCAGUUGGAGCGGCCAGGACAUUCCAAAUCCUGCAAGUUGGUUUGACUUGCUUGUCUUACGAUUGCAAGUACAAAGGUCUGCUCCCGGAUGGAACUGCUGCUCCUCGCUCAAGAUGGCUAACAUCACCCCAAGCAGGAUACCGAGCACGAACCUUUACCUUUCAACUUACCCCUGAGUUCUUCCCACCCAACACUGCCUUGGCGAAGCUCAUUGACCGGAAACUGGUGCUUUCAUACCGCAGCUUCUUGUUUCUCAAGGAAAACAACUUCUCAUUCGAAAAGACCUUUUCCCAGGGCGUCCCUUACCUGAGCCGUUCCGAGGAGAUAUUUGCCAGCAGCCUGUACCUGACGAAGCCCCAGAACUGGAGCGACGCGGGCAAAGAUACCCAGCCGCAGGAGUUAUGGGACAGCGAAUACAAAAGGCGGCAUGACUCGGUCGUGAGGCAGACCGGCAAGCACACACCAACACCCCCAACCCCACGGAGUCACGAGCUAACACCACCAAACCACCUAGGAUUCCGAUACAUAAUCGAAGCCCUCGUCGGCGGCUCCUUCGCCUCAGCCCUGAACCCGGAGCUGCUCCUCAGCAACCACCUCCCACCCGCCCUCCAAUCAGCCGCCGCCUCCCAACUCGGCCAGGACCUCCACCUCUACGAAGCCCGCCUCCGGACCCGGCGCCCCACCCUCAUCGGCCACAACCCCUUCCUCGACCUCUGCUUCCUGCACGAGACCUUCCUCCAAACCCUCCCCGCCGACGCCCUCGGCUUCCGCCGCGCCACGCGCCGCUUCUUCCCGCGCAUCAUCGACACCAAGCACCUGGCCUGCCAGCUCGACUGGGAGCCGAGCUGCAACCUCGCGCAACUUUAUGACGACUUGGUCGUCGGCUGGGACCGCCGCCACCAUCACCCCCAUAAUCCUCACGAGCAUCACCACCACCCCAACCCUCACCCCCAGCAUCACCAGCCGCCACCACCACCCCCACCACCCAUCAUCCCCGAACCUGGAUUCGACGCCCGCGAGCGUGGCGGCGCCGCCCACAGCGCGGGGUUCGACAGCUGGAUGGCGGCGGCGGUGUUUGUGGCCCUGUCGGCGCAGGUUUUGGCCCGAAAGGGUGGGGGACCUCUGCUGCCACCGGUGCCGCCGCCGUCGCUGCGUGGACUGCGUCGGGAAGGGGGGAUGGGCGUGACGGCGGCCGGGUCGAGGCCUGGGAAGGGGGACGAGUUGUUUCGGGAGCUCUGUCCGUUUGCGGCGAGAGGAUUAAAGGGGGGUGCGAAGAUGGGGCCGGGGAAAGGAAGUGGUGAGCUGCCGCCGCCGCCGCCGCCGCGAUGGGAUGGUGAGGUUUGGAGGAGGUAUGGUAAUAGAUUGCGGAUGGGCGCUGCGGGGGUGAUGGAUUUGGCGCGGGGGUAG